AUGACAGAAGGGUUGCGACCGGGAGGGUAUACGGAAGAGGCUAGUAAGGAGUGGGGCUCGAAGGGAAGACUCUCAGAGCUUGAUGGGGUAGGGUUGCUCCAGGAAUUGAGGGAGGGGUUGGAUGUGGUGGGGACUGGACGAGGGAGUGGAAUGAGGGAUGAGGAGGUUUUCGUGGAAGGAGACAAGAAGACGGCUCAUGGUGGUGGCAGUGCUGGUGUUGCUCAUGCGGAGAGGAAUUGCUUGUCAGGCGUAGAUGUGGUGGGGGCUGGGAGGGGUGUUGGUGGUUCCGGUGGUGAGGAGGAGGGGUGUGGAGUGGGAGAAGAGAAGACGGUAUGUGUUGGUGUUGGUGUUGGUGUUGGUGUUGGUGUUGGUGUUGCUCUCGUGGAGCAGAAUUGUUUGCCGGGUGUUGAGGGUCGAAAAGGGAGCAAGGGGAAGGGGAAGGCGGUGGGGAAAGCGAAGGAGGGAGGGAAGGUUGAAAAGCGUUGUAAAGGGGCUAAAGCAAAGGCAGGAGGCAAGGCAAAAGCAGGAGGAGGGUUAAGCGGGGAAGGACUGGAGAAGGGAGGUGCAAAGCCCAAAGAUAAGUCCAAGUCUAAAAAAACUGCCAAGGCUGCAGGUUCGGCCAUGGCUGUAGGUGAAGGUGGUUCAGAUCCAUGCUUCGACUUCCUUCUCCCCAGCAGCAGCAUAGGGGAUUUGAUUGCAGUUUGGGACUUUUGCUGCCGCUUCUCCCCCGCCCUCCGCCUCUCCCCCUUCUCCCUCUCCUCUCUAGAGCUCUCCCUGGCGUUUGAGGGGGAGGGUGGGGGCGGGGGGAGGCGCGGAAUGGGGGGAGGUGUGGCGGAGAGAGAGGGGGCGAGGAGAUUUGCGAAGGGAGAAGCUGAGGUGUUAGAGUGUGAGCGGGGGGAUGGGCAGGGGGAAGUGCAAGGGGGAGAGCAGGGGGAAGUGCGGGGGGGAGAGCAGGGGGGAAGACAGGGGGAAGAGCAGGGGAAAGAGCAGGGGGGAGAGCAGGGGGAAGAGCUUGGGGGAGAGCAGGGGGGAAGCCAGGGGGAAGAGCAGGGGGGAGAGCAGGGGGGAGAGCAGGGGGUCAAGCAAAGGGAGAAGCAUGGGGAGGAGCAAAGGGAGAAACAGGCGGGAGAGCAGGAGGCAGUGCAAGGGGAGGAGAAAGGGCGACAGAAUGUGGAAGGGCAGGAAACGGGGGGAGGGGACGGGUGCCAGAAAGAGGAGAGGAGGGAAGAGGAGGAAUUGGAAGAGCAUGCAUUGAAAGAGGGGAUAUUGGAAGACGAAAAAAUGGUUUUGGGGAAAUUGGAAGAGGGAAAGUUGGAAGGGGGAAAGGUUGAAGAGGGAAAGGUGGAAGAAGGGAAAUCGGAAGAGGGGAAAUAUGAAGAGGAGAGAUGGGAAGAGGAGGAAAGAGAGGGGUCGGAAAGAGAAUGGGAUUGGGGAGCAGGGUGGGGGAAGGGGCGAAGGCUGAGAGGCAGGCGGGAUGGAGGAGGGAAGGAAGGCGGUGCGAGUGAGAGCUGGGAGAGGGAAAGAGUGCGGGAAGAAACAGGGAAUGGAAGAGGAAACGGCAGGAGGGGACAAGGCAGAGGAGGGAGUGAGGGAGGGAGUGAGGGAUGGAGUGAGGGAGGGAGAAGGCGUAGAGAGGUUGUGUUGCCUCCGCUGUUGGGGGAGGUGCAUACGGCACUGCUGCGGGCAGCUCUGAGCCAUAAAGGUUUCGAACAGGAGUUCAAGAAACAGCGGCAGGGGAAGAAAGAGGUGUCGCCUCACACGUGGCUGGAGGACGUAUCAGCAUGGGCUAACACCCCUUCAGUGCGCUCCAGACUGCAUUCCGAGGCAUCUCAGAACUGCUUCAAGGUUCCCGGCUUGAAGGAUCCCAUCAGCCCGGCUUCGUCUUCUGGUGCGGAUCGUUGUGCUGGGAAUGAGCCAUCCACUAGUGGUGAUGGUGGGGCUGCUGCUGCUGCUGCUGCUGCUGCUGCUGCUGCUGCUGCUGCUGCUGCUGCUGCUGCUGCUGCUGCUGCUGCUGCUGGUGGUAGCGCCAGUGCAGGUUGUGCUGAGAAUGAGCCGUCAACUGGUGAUGAUGGUGUUGAUGGUGAGGCUGCUGCUACAGAGCUGUCCCCUCCUACAGAGGUUGCCAGGGCUGAUGAUAAUGAAGGGGUCGCAACCUCUGCAGCUGCCACUGAUGCUGCCACAGAUGUGAUUGAUGCUAUUGACGGGGAUGCAACUACUACAACUUACAGAAGACAGUCUGUAGGAGGGCUGUCCGGUGAUGUGAGGGAGGGGGACGGGGAGGAGGGGAGGGAGGAGGAGAGAGAAGAGGGGAGGGAGGAGGAGGGGGAGGAGGCGAGGGAGGAGGGGAGGGAGGAGGGGAGGAAGGAAGGGAGAGAGGAGGGGAAGGAGGAAAGUGGAGGAGGGGAAGAAGGAAUGGGGAAGCGGAUCAGGGGAAGGAAAAGAGGAAGGGGUGGAGGAAAAGUUGGUUCGGGAACUGAGGGAGCGAGUGAGGAGGGAGAGAGAGGGAAGGGAGAGGGAGAUGAGGAAGAGAGGCGAGAAUGGGAGCGGCAGUGGGAGGAGAAGGAGAGGAGGUGGAAGCGAGAGGAGGAGGAGGAGGCAGAAGAGAUGCAGCAACUGCAAAAGAAGUGUCGGGACCUUGGCAAAAGGCAGAGAAGGCAUCGGUUUGAGUGGUGCCGGUGGGGUGGAACUGGGAGGGCAGGCAGUACUGGUGCCCAACGCAGUGAGCAACACUCUCACUGCUCCCCUCGCUCUCCCCUCUUCCCUUUCAACCACCAGUGUCGGGACCUGGAUAAAGAGGUCGAGAAGGCGUCGGUUCGAGCAGUGCCGGUGGGGUGCGACCGGGAGGGCAGGCAGUACUGGUGGUUUGGGCGGGAGGCAAGAUUGUUCGUUGAAGGGGAGGUGGGGAGGCGAUGGGGAUACUACAGCAGUGUUGACGAGUUUGAUGCGCUGCUGAGCUCUCUGGACCCUCGCUUUCCAGGUGAAAGGCGCCUGCACGCCUACCUCACCGCACAGCAGGAGAGCAUCAGAUCCGCUCUCCUCUCAGGGGCAAGGGCUCUGGCUUGCCAGCUUGCAGCAGCUGCUGCCUUCCAUUCUUCUCCCCUUCCCUUCCUUUUCAAAGCGCUCUUUUCCUCCUCUCACACCCACACACCCCCCCCACCCCCCUUCAGAUCCGCUCUCCUCUCAGGGGCAAGGGCUCUGGCUCGCCAGCUUGCAGCAGCUGCUGCCUUCUCCUCCUCCCCGCCCCCGUCAGUUCCCACUGCUGGCUCUGCUGCUGCAAACGGUGCUGGUGGUGCUGCUGGUGCUGACAGUGGGCUGGUUCCGUGUCAGCAGCAGCCCCGCCCACUUCAGCUGGACUGGCCACAUCAGCAUCAUCAGGGGAGAAGGCAGGGACUGGGCGAAAUGGGUCUGUGGGUGGGGGCUCGAUAUCCCCCUUAA